GAGAGGUGCCGUCUGCAGGAAGGCCGGGCAGCCGCGGGCCCAAGGCUGUGGCACCUGCAGGCAGCCACUGUACCUCCCUGAGCCUUAGUUUUCUGAGUCCUAAAGCUUUGGGCUGUUGCCAGGAUGAGGGAGCUCGCGGCAGCUGAGGCUCUUAGUGAGACAGCGAGCGUUACUAGUCCUUAUAGCCUCACCCCGAAUGUUUGCUGACGGCCUCCAUGAGGCAGGACCAGAGGGCCACAGCUCAUGUCCCGAGGAGGCCCUGUCCACAUGGGCGCGCCAGAGACUAGACAGGACAAUGCACACACGGGACAGCACAGGAGAGGCCAUGGCUGUAAAGGCAGAACAGACACAACAAAAAACAGCUGCAGACAAGAGCCUGGAAGCAAAAUUAAGGGGCUCCUCAGGUUCUGAGCUGCUGCUGGAUAUUUUGCAGAAGACAGUGAAACAUCCUCUGUGCGUGAAACAUCCACCGUCCGUGAGAUAUGCCCGGGCCUUUCUCUCGGAGCUCAUCAGAAAGCAUGAGGCUGUUCCCACAGAGCCUUUGGAUGAGCUGUACGAGGCAUUGGCGGAGGUCCUGAGGGCCAAGGAGACCACCCAGUGCCACCGCAGCUACCUGCUGCCCUCUGGGGACUCGGUCACCCUCUCGGAAAGCACCGCCAUUGUGUCCCACGGCACGACAGGUCUGGUCACGUGGAAUGCUGCCCUCUACCUCGCGGAAUGGGCCAUAGAGAACCCGGCAGCCUUUGCUCACAGGACUGUCUUAGAGCUGGGCAGUGGGGCAGGCCUCACAGGCCUGGCCAUUUGCAAGACGUGCCAUCCCAGCGCCUACAUCUUCAGCGACUGUCACAGCCGUGUCCUCGAGCAGCUCCAAGGGAAUGUCCUUCUCAAUGGCCUCUCGUUGGAACCAGAGGUCACCAUCCCUGAGCAGCACGCAGGACACCCAGAGAGCCCCCGGGUGACAGUUGCCCAGCUGGACUGGGACGUUGUGACCGGCCCUGAGCUCGCUGCCUUCCAACCAGAUGUCGUCAUCGCGGCAGAUGUGCUGUAUUGCCCGGAAACUGUCCUCUCCCUGGUCACUGCCCUGCAGAGACUCUCCGUGUGCCGGGCGGGCCUGGAGGUACUUGAUGCCUACAUCGCCUUUACUGUCCGCAACCCAGAGACAUGCCAGCUGUUUACCACCCAGCUAGGCCAAGCUGGGAUCCCAUGGGAAGCAGUGCCUCCUCAUGACCAGAAACUGUUUCCCUACGAAGAGCAUUCCGAGAUGGGGAUUCUGAGGCUCAUGCUCUAGGCAAACCAGCAUUCUGGAAGACGUGUGUGAAAUUAACUCACUAUCCUAGAAAGGAUUUUUAUAGGGGAAAGGUGAUGGGACUUUCACUGGACUCAAAUGCAUGAGGAAUGUUAAGUUCCGAAUCAGGAGCCACAAACUACUCUAAUAAAACCACCGGUUCGAGUCUGUGAGUGCCUCUUUUUGCCAGCAAUUUUGGGUUUUUU